AUGAGAAUAAUUCCUCUGUGGGUGCAAUUUCCCGGAUUACCAUUGCAAUAUUGGAUUGAAGAAAAUAUAGGUCAAAUUGGGAGUUUGUUGGGUAAACCUGUCUGUACUGAUAAACUUACUGCUCCUAGUGAUAGGAUUUCGUAUGCUCGAGUCCUUAUUGAGAUAGAUGUGUCCCAACCACUUCCACUAGACCUGAACAUUAAAAAUCCUACUAGGGAAGUGUUCGAACAGGCUGUAGAAUAUGAAUGGAUGCCCAAAUUCUGUUUAGAGUGUUGUCGCUUUAGGCAUUAUACGGGGGAUUGCAAAGACAAAGUCGAUACUUAUCAGGAACCAGCCAAACACAAGAAGAGAAGGAAGAAAAAGGAAAAAGUGAAGUGGAAAUCAAAGCCACAGGAGAACCAAACUAUGCAGCAAACAUCUGAAAUGGUGGAUAAAGGUAAGAGGGUGGCUCCUGAACCAACUGAAGCAAGUACUAUGAAGGCUUUGAGUGACCUAGAAUAUGUCAUCCUAGCCUCAAAGAACGGAAAUGAUACUCUUAGAAUUAAGGAGGUGCAAGAAGAGCAGAGAGUGGAUAUUGCACAUACUACUAGUAGUGAAGCUCCAGAUCAAGUACAGAUAGGGGCACCACAAUUGAGUAUCAAAGGGAUUACUCCUACUGAUAACCCACCCCUCAAAUGA